AUGUGGGGGUCUGACCCGGGCUGCCAGAAUUGCAAGAGCUCACUGCUGGAAGAGUAUGCCUCGCAGACGCCCGGGCCUUGUGCCAGCUGGUGCCAAUAUGAGGGACCUGCCACCUGGCAAUAUGACCCCAAUUGCGCUGCCUGCACGCCCGCAGCCAUUGCCAACAGGACUGUGAACCACUGCCAAACCUACUGUGAGUACGUUGGCACAGCAGUGUGGCAGUACAACCCAGAUUGCCAAGCAUGCAAGCCCGUGCUGCUGCAGAAGGCCAAGGUUGAGUGCAAGGACUACUGCAAGUAUGAGCCCCAGACUGCCUGGCAGUAUGAUGCUAACUGCGGCGGCUGCACGCCAGCAUUGGUGCAAGAUGUAGUUGUGGAAACCCACAGCAGCUGCAUGGACCAUUGCCAGUUUGUGGGCUCUGCGCUGUGGCAGUAUGAUUCGGACUGCAGCGGCUGCAAGCCAUCCUUGCUGCAGCAGCAAGUCGGCCAGGUACCCACCGAAGGCUGCGCAAGCUUUUGCCAGUAUGAGGGCCCAGCUGUGUGGCAGUAUGAUCCCAACUGCCGCGCUUGUGGCGUCACCCAACGCUCCAACAUCACCGUCACAGCCCAGUGCCUGGAUUUCUGCAAGUAUGUGGGCGAAGCUGUGUGGCAGUACAACCCCGACUGCCAAGCAUGCAAGCCCAGCCUGUUGCAGAAGAGGGAGUGUAAGGACUACUGCAAGUAUGAGCCCCAGACUGCCUGGCAGUAUGACGCCAAUUGCGGCGGCUGUCAAGCAGCCCCCACAGCUCUUGUGCAAGAUACGGUCGUUACCAAGGGUGAGUGCAAGGACUACUGCAAGUAUGAGCCCCAGACUGCCUGGCAGUAUGACGCCAAUUGCGGCGGCUGCACGCCAGCUCUUGUUCAAGAUGCGGUCCCCCAGACUGCCUGGCAGUAUGAUGCCAAUUGCGGCGGCUGCACGCCAGCUCUCCUUCAAGAUGCGGUGGCUACCAAGGGUGAGUGCAAGGACUACUGCAAGUAUGAGCCCCAGACUGCCUGGCAGUAUGACGCCAAUUGCGGCGGCUGCACGGCAGCACUUUUGCAGCAGCAUGCUGUACAGACACCUUCCGGCUCUUGUGCCAGCUGGUGCCAAUAUGAAGGCCCUGCCGUGUGGCAGUAUGACGCGAACUGCGCGGGCUGUAAUGCCACCUCCCUCGGCCAGAUCUCGGCAGGCGCCUGCGCUGACCACUGCCAGCAUUUGGGCCCGGAAAUCCGGAAGUACAACCCCCAGUGCCGCGCAUGUAAGUUGGAGACCUCCGAGUGCAAGGACUGGUGCCAGUAUGAGCCCCAGGCGGCCUGGCAGUACGAUGCCAACUGCGGAGGCUGCACACCUCCGGCAGCCCCUGCCCUCGUGCAGGAGGCCUCGGCGACAAAGAGCGGGCUGUGCAAGGACUUCUGCGGGUACAUGGGCUCCCAGCUCUGGCAGUACGACCCGGAGUGCCAGGGCUGUCAGGGCCAGCUGCUGCAGCGGGCGGAGUGCAAGGACUGGUGCAAGUACGAGCCCCAAGCUGCCUGGCAGUAUGACGCGAAUUGCGGGGCCUGCACUCCUGCGCUGAUCGAGGAGGUGGCUGAAGGCUGCCAAGAGGAGUGCGCAAAGGUAGGCCCUGCACUGUGGCACAAGGCCCCAGGUUGCAGGGGCUGCCGAAGCUCUAUGCUGCAGAGCUGGGCACAGGAGGCGCAGGGCCCCUGCCAGGAGCACUGCAAGUACGAGGGCGCGGCCGUGUGGCAGUACGACCCCAACUGCAAGGGCUGCGGCACUGCCCUGCUGCAGGCGAACGCGACCAACACCCAGUGCAGCACCAUCACGGGGGGCACCUGCAUGUUCGCCACCUGCGACUACUCCCGGGGCCCGGCGCAGUGCAACUGGGCCAAGAUGUGCACCUGCCCUACGAACUUCUGUGCCAACGACCAGGGCGCGUGCAUCUUCAACUUGAACAGCAUGUUCAACAACGUGAUGGGACGCUGA